AUGCGACCCUUCGCACACCGGAAAAUAGAGGAACGACCUUCCACUGACAUGCUUCUCAGGGAUUUGUUAAUAUGCAUUUUGCAAAUGACCGUAGCCCAUGCACUUGUCAUACCAGGAGACAUGAAAUAUGUAGUUAUCGUUGACGCAGGAAGUAGUGGUUCACGUGUAUAUGUAUAUACCUGGCGCGAUGGAAGCGGUUUAAAAAGUCCAGAACUUCUGAAAGAUGAGUUCGGGAGGCCUGUAGUAAAAAAAACUUCGCCUGGACUGUCCAGUUUUGCACAUAAUCCGAAAGAUGCCAGAAAACACAUAGAUGAUUUAUUAGACUUUGCAGAGAGCGCAAUUCCAAAAUCGUAUCUCAGUGGGACGCAUGUAUACGUUUUUGCCACAGCCGGGAUGAGAUUGCUCUCCGCAAAAUAUCAAUGUUUAAUAUGGAGGAAUGUGAGAUCAGAAAUAAGAAGCCGCUAUUCAUUCGAAUUCGCCAAUACAGAUGCGAGAACAAUCUCAGGAGACGAAGAAGCCCUCUUCGGUUGGAUCGCGGUUAACUAUCUCCUCCAGCGGUUUGAUCGGGAUGAGUAUGAGAAACAAAGGAAAUCCACAUAUGGCAUGCUUGAUCUCGGUGGUGCCAGCAUGCAGAUUGCUUUUGAACUCGAACCGAAAACGCGAAAUUCGACAAAUGUUUUCCCAUUAUCACUACGAACGAAAUCAAGCGAAGAUUAUGGAAGCUCACUUCAGUCGUAUGCCUUGUUCCUGCAUAGUUAUCUUAGUUACGGGGCCAAUUUUAUGAGAAAAAGGCACGAAGAGGUACUGCUGUUUAAACAUUUACCACCUUGGGCUGAUCCCGAAAAACCAGUCACCAUUGCGGAUCCUUGCUUGCAAAAGGGCCUGACCAUCAGUACUACGCUUUCUCCAAAAAAACCGAAUGAUACAGAAUCGCUGAGAGAAAACGAGGAGGAGAAGAAGUACCAAGUAGAAUUAGUUGGUGAAGGUGACCCUGAUAAAUGCAAAGUACUUGUUCGGGAACUCGUGCUUGGUGGAGAAAUGGGUAAGGGACCAUCCCCACCAAUUGGGUUCGAAAUGCCAUUUUACGGGUUGUCGGAAUUUGUCUACGCUUUGGAAGGAGUAUCAUCAAAAGAAAUCUAUCUUUACUCUGAAGCAGAACCAAAAAUAGAGGAAUUGUGUAGGAGGCCCUGGGAGGAAUAUACCAAAAUUCUAAGAGAACAGUAUGGAGACGAAGAGACGUACAAAAAGUUCCUCAAAAUAAAAAUGCACCAUUGUUUCAAGGCCAUUUACGUGGUCACCGUAUUGCACGAUGGCUUCAAGUUUCCAAAGACCUAUGACAAAUUGCAUCGUGUCAAUGAAAUAAACGGUACAGACGUGCAGUGGAGUCUAGGAGCUAUUUUCUUUAUCCUCAACUCUGAGGAUGGACAAGCAAACCAGGAAUCGAGACAGUGGGCCUAAAGGCUUACGUGGCCCGACCAGUUCACCUUGUGUUGCGCGAACCCACACAGUGUUGACUGGGGAUCCAAUACGCACCUCCGCAGGUAACAUUGCAGGGAGAACUGGUGGUACAUCUGUUUUUUUUGUGCUGGGGACUCACUCUCUGGUAUUUCUAACCUUAUUCUUAUUACUAUUACUAAUAAUUUCAUACAACACCUAUUUUGUGCAUUCUUUUAUUCACCAAUGUUUUGCUCUCACGAGAUUUGCCGCAGCAGAUGUGAUGUGUAAUCUCUGAGUUAUUACUUUGCUAACUGACUUGUGUUCUUUAUUAUCCUGGUGGUGGUGCUGGUAGCGGUUUGAAUAUGCGUUUGUUUCGAUUGUCCGAAAACAGUCUUGAUUAUGC